CACGGGGAUCACAUUACAUUGAGAUUGGAAAUAGAUAUGAUAGACCGUACGUUCGUCAGACAAGUGACAUUGGCUAUCCAGAACCUUGCACCUUCAACUCCAAAAUCAUAUAGCUGGAUGCUAUGCCCAUCGCCAUUUUCCACUUUAUCCUACAACGCGUACACGCUGCUCCACCGGGUGGCAGUCAAACUCCUCUGUAUUGGCUGUGUGGUCUGAUUUUGCAGCUGUACAUUCACAAGAGCUCUGCCGUCCAGCUCGCUACGUACCGACAUGUCGCUCAGACGCAUUUGCACCAGAAGAGUGCUAUUCGGAUGCCCCAGGAUCGCUCGGCUCGUUGAUUGUUCCUUCAUUGUAGAGUUUGUUCUACAGACCACCGACGAGCGGGGUAAAAGGUAUGAG